AUUGAGGCCACAGCAGCAUCAACCAACUCUGGGGCACUUUCAAGCUGUGGACACGUCUGGACGCGCCUGCUCAUACUUUUGCCUACACACUUUUUUGGUCGCCUACAAACAACGGCUCUACCUCUGCAUUCCCUCACUGCCUCCCGCCAGAGCAACACCACAACGAAAAUGGCCAACGUUAUAGCGAAUUCGGGCCACGAUGACAUGAUUCAUGAUGCCGUUCUGGACUACUACGGCAGGCGGCUCGCGACAUGUUCCUCAGACAAGACCAUCAAGAUCUUCGAGGUGGAGGGUGAGAAGCACACAUUAGUCGAGACACUGAGAGGCCACGAGGGCGCCGUCUGGAGCGUAGCAUGGGCCCACCCCAAAUACGGCAACAUUCUCGCCUCGUCCUCGUAUGACGGCAAAGUCCUCAUCUGGCGCGAACAAUCCGGCAGCUGGCAAAAGAUCUACGAAGUCGCCCUCCACACCGCCUCGGUCAACCUGGUCGCAUGGGCCCCGCACGAGGCAGGCUGUCUUCUCGCGUGCGCAUCGACCGACAGCAAUGUUUCCGUACUCGAAUUCAAGGACAACAAUUGGACACACCAGAUCUUUCCCGCGCACGGCACAGGCGUGAACAGCGUGAGCUGGGCACCUGCCUUUGCGCCGGGACAGGUUAUGAGCGCGAGUGGGAACCAGGCUGGAGCUGCGAAACGACUUGUUACUGGAGGUAGCGACUGCCAGGUCAAGGUUUGGGAAUUCAGUCCUGAGAGCGGUAGCUGGAACGCAACGCUACUUGGUAUCCACGGCGACUGGGUCCGCGACGUAGCAUGGUCCCCCACCGUCCUCUCCAAAUCCUACAUCGCUUCCGCGUCUCAAGACAAAACCGUCUCCAUCUGGACUUCCUCGGACCUGCGCGAGUGGAAGCGCACGCAGAUCGAUGUCGACGCUGCGGCGUGGCGCGUGAGCUGGAGUCUCAGCGGCAAUGCGCUUGCGAUUAGCACGGGCGACAACCGGGUUAGUUUGUGGAAGGAAAGGUUGAGCGGGGGUUGGGAAUGCGUCAAGACGAUUGAAGAGUAGAACAUCCGUUGUCCUAUCACGGCGCAGGCUGGGCCCAUCAGAUGUUUUCCUGUACGGUACGGGAGAAGGCUGAGACCUCAGUGGUGGACGCAUGAUGAGUGGUUUGGCGAUAAUCAGGGCCGCGAGAUUACUGAAACGGGCACUUGUUAUCGGAAUGGGUUCGAGGGGAGGUUGUGGUAUGAUGGGAGGUGGGAUGGUCUCUGAUAGAGCGCGGUACGAGCGCACAGUUUUGAUGUGAGCGAGUAGUGUGAGACGGUAGUCUUGAAUCAAUUUCUCCAAUAGCAAUC